GCGAAAGCGGAAGCUAUCGGUUGAAAUACUUGUGUUGUGAUGAGGCAUCACGAUUUCUGUGUCAUAUGUAGCAAAACUGUUGUUUUCCUAACCUUAAACUGCGACUCGACCGGUUCAUAAAAGCGAAUGAAAAGCGUAAUUUCAAAGUAUCGUGUUUCAUAACUUGGCUAACGUUACCAACGUUAGGAGCAAGCAGACAAACGAGGGAGCAAUGUCGGUCAAAACAAACGCGAGUAAAGCCAAAGACAACAGCGAAGUUAUUAAAAACCACCACAAGCAGGCGUUUGAGCAUAUAUCUAAGGCUCUGAAGAUCGAUGAAGACGAUACAGGAGACAAGGGGGUGGCUGCGCAGUGGUACAGGAAAGGGAUUGCUGAGCUUGAAAGGGGAAUAGCAGUGGAGAUCACAGGACAAGGAGAGCAACAUGACCGGGCAAAGAGACUCCGAGAUAAAAUGGUCAACAAUCUCACCAUGGCAAGAGACAGGCUUGCUUUGUUAGAGGCAACAUUGGCAACUAAAAAGAAGAGUGAUCCCCCGAGGGCAUCAAAUCAUACCCCCUCUCUGCCAAAGCCUGCUUCCAAAACCCAGCCUGCAGUUCGAGGUGUGUCCGGUAACAUCAGACCCUCUGGUGCCAGAAUGCCAUCGAGGUCUACUGAUCUGAAGGUGACACCACGGAUGGGGAGAGCUCAAAAUGGAAAACCUGACAGACCGCCCAGAAGGACAGAUAUGAGAAACUUUAAGAAUGUGGACAGCAGAAUGGCCAACUUGAUCCUGAAUGAAAUAGUUGACAGUGGAACGUCUGUGUCCUUUCAUGACGUUGCGGGACAGGAUCUGGCCAAGCAAGCACUCCAAGAGAUCGUCAUCCUUCCCACCUUAAGACCAGAGCUCUUUACUGGUCUAAGAGCUCCAGCACGUGGUUUGCUCUUAUUUGGCCCGCCUGGAAAUGGGAAAACCAUGCUGGCCAAAGCAGUCGCAGCCGAGUCAAACGCCACAUUCUUCAACAUCAGCGCUGCCAGUCUGACCUCUAAAUAUGUGGGAGAGGGUGAGAAGCUUGUCAGAGCAUUGUUUGCAGUUGCCAGAGAAUUGCAGCCCUCUAUCAUCUUCAUUGAUGAAGUUGACAGCUUGCUUUGUGAACGGAGGGAGGGAGAAAAUGAUGCUUCACGUCGAUUAAAAACCCAGUUCCUCCUUGAAUUUGAUGGGGUGCAGUCAGGAGGGGAUGACAGGGUGCUGGUAAUGGGAGCAACCAACAGGCCUCAGGAACUUGAUGAAGCAGUUCUGAGGCGAUUUCCAAAAAGGGUUUAUGUGACAUUGCCGGAUGAGGAGACAAGAUUCACACUGCUGACAAAUCUUUUGGGAAAACACGGGAAUCCACUGACCAAAAAUGAUCUGACCUUCCUUGCAAAAGCGUCUGCAGGAUAUUCAGGGAGCGAUCUGACAGCGUUAGCCAAAGAUGCCGCACUUGGGCCGAUCAGAGAAUUGAGACCCGACCAAGUCAUAAAUAUGGCUGCUAGUGAGAUGCGAAACAUCAAGAAGAAAGACUUUGAGGAUUCCCUGAAGCGCAUUAAGCCCAGUGUUAGCCCAGCGACUCUUAACAUGUAUGUCAAAUGGAACAGAGACUUUGGUGACACAACAACUUUUUGAACCUAGUAGUUCAUUUUCACUCCUGAACAUUUUCAAUUUUUCUGGUUUACUCUACAGGUGAAAGACAUUAACAUUGUUAAUGAAGCACUGACCUCUACCUGUACCUAACUUCCCUAUUUUAAUAAUGCUAAGAAUAAUAUUUAAUAAUAA